AUGUUAAUUAAUUAUGGUGCUGAUGCUAUACCAAAAGAUUCUAAUUUUCCAAACGCUCUAGUUUUUGCUGCAAAGUAUAGACGCGUUGAAAUUAUGAAAUGUUUAUUAGAGAAUGUUCCAAAAUUAAGUGAUGAAAGUUUUGAUAUUAAUGAAGGUGAUGAUUCUCAAAAUAUUGGUGGAAAUGGUGGUGGAAUUGGUGGUGGAAUUGGUGCUAAGGAAAUUAAGAAUUAUGGAACAAAAAUAUGGAGUGGAUUUACCGGUGAAGUUAAAAAAUUAAAAAAUCAAUUAAAUAGAGCUAGUAAUUUGUAUAAUAAAUAA